GCCUUUGCAAUGGUACUUGAUGUUUUGCGGUCAUGAAGGACAUAGCCCCGACGCAGCGGCAUACAAUUUUUAUCCACUACGUCGUUGACAGCUCAUUGUUGCUACGCCAUUUCAUGAUUCCACGAGUUAACAUCGGACACGUCCUGGAGGCACCAUGCCUCUUACCACCUCGCACCCUGUUCGCCUUUGAUGCCCUUUCCAUGCCAUGGACAAUUUGUAUGUUCCAUUUAUAUGUAUAUACUCCCCUGAGUGCAAUGUUGGUGUUUCUUCGAGCCGAGCCUCACAUUACUAUUGGUGUGGCUGAAGCUUGCGAAUGGCCAUGAAGGAUGAUGUUGGGCCGAAUAGGCUUGCGUAACACUUGCCACCCACCCAAAAUUCCGUUGCAGGUAUAGAAGGGCGCGGUAAGGCUGUGAUCGGCUUCUGCAUAGGGUGCUGACUCAGGAAUGACUCGCAUGGUCUUCGAC